AUGGCAGGUGCUCUCCAGAACGCAAAGCGCGACCUCCCAAAAAUCCAAGAUGAAGACCAUGAAUCUCGCUUUGGUCACGUGUAUGGCGUUUCAGGGCCUGUUGUCAUUGCAGAGAACAUGAUUGGAGCUGCUAUGUACGAGCUUGUUCGCGUCGGCCAUGACGAGCUCGUCGGAGAGGUCAUUCGAAUAGAGGCAGAUAAAGUAACGAUUCAGGUGUACGAGGAGACGUCUGGCGUGACCGUCGGUGACCCUGUCCUAAGGACAGGUAAACCGCUCAGUGUUGAGUUGGGUCCAGGUCUGAUGGGUAAUAUUGUCGAUGGUAUUCAGAGACCACUCCGAUCCAUCCAAGAACUGUCCAAAUCAAUCUACAUACCUCGUGGUAUCAACACAGAGGCACUGGAUCGCUCGAUAUCCUGGGACUUCACUCCUGCCGCAUACAAGGUCGGCGAUCACAUAUCAGGAGGUGACAUCUUUGGCGGUGUUUACGAAAACUCGCUCGUCGACAACCACAAGAUCAUGCUUCCUCCCCGUGCUCUCGGUACUAUCACCCGCAUCGCAGAAAAGGGCAGCUAUACAGUCGAUGACAUCGUGUUAGAGACCGAGUUCGAGGGUCGGACAACAAAGCACUCCAUGAUGCAGUUGUGGCCAGUCCGUGCCCCUCGACCCGUUGCCGAGAAACAGACCGCCGAUUUUCCCUUGUUGACUGGUCAGCGCAUCCUGGAUGCACUUUUUCCGUGUGUAUGCGUGCAAGGCGGCACCACUGCCAUCCCUGGUGCUUUUGGUUGUGGCAAGACCGUCAUCUCGCAAGCGCUCUCCAAGUUCUCGAAUAGCGAUAUCAUCAUCUACGUCGGAUGUGGUGAGCGAGGAAAUGAGAUGGCUGAAGUGUUGAUGGAGUUCCCUGAACUUACAAUGGAGAUUGGCUCUCGCCAAGAACCCAUUAUGAAGCGUACCACACUCGUUGCUAACACUUCCAAUAUGCCAGUUGCAGCUCGCGAGGCCUCGAUUUAUACCGGCAUCACACUCUCAGAAUACUUCCGGGAUCAGGGUUCAAACGUCGCAAUGAUGGCAGAUUCAACAUCACGCUGGGCUGAGGCGCUACGUGAAAUUUCGGGUCGUCUGGCAGAGAUGCCGGCUGAUUCAGGAUAUCCUGCCUACCUGUCGACCAAGCUGGCGAGCUUUUAUGAGCGUGCCGGGAAAGUGAAGUGUUUGGGUAGCCCAGCGAGGCAAGGAACAGUGUCGAUUGUUGGGGCUGUGUCACCACCGGGUGGUGACUUCUCGGACCCCGUCACAUCUUCUACACUUAGUAUCGUGCAGGUCUUUUGGGGCCUCGACAAGAAGCUCGCGCAGCGCAAGCAUUUCCCGUCUGUUAACUGGAACUUGUCGUACUCCAAGUACACAAAAGUGCUUGAGCCUUACUAUGAGUCCAACUCACCAGGCUUCGUGUCUUUACGCAUGAAAACGAAGGAGAUUCUGCAGAAGGAGGAGGAUCUCGCUGAGAUCGUGCAACUUGUCGGGAAAAGCGCACUGGGAGAAUCAGACAAAAUUACGCUGGAGGUCGCGCGGAUGCUCAAGGAUGACUUCCUGCAGCAGAAUGGCAUGAGCGAGUACGACCGCUACUGUCCAUUCUACAAGACUGCGGGAAUGUUGAAGAAUUUUGUCGCGUUCCACGAUUCAGCGCUGAGAGCGGUGGCGCAAGGCGAUCUGACGUUCGCGAGAAUUAAGGAUACUGCGAGUGAUCUCAUGUUUAAACUCUCACAAAUGAAAUUUGAGUCUCCCUCGCAAGGACAGGAACCUAUCAUGCAGAAGCUGGACGCGCUACACACGGAAAUCCAGGACAAAUUCCGCCAGAUGGUAGAGUAG